AGGAACUCAGUCUAUAUAAGCAGUGGAAGGGAAGGCAUAACACACUUCGCCAGCUCACCAUGACUCCCCUGUGGCUUCUGUGCUGCCUGCUCCCGCACAUCGCCAGCACGAUGUACGUGCAGGAAAAGGCUGGGCCAGAUCUUAGUACUUAUAAUUACGUGGAGGAAAGGGCUGCGCCAGAUCUUAGUACUUAUAAUAGCGUGGAGGAAAGGGCUGCACCAGACCUUAGUACUUAUAAUUACGUGGAGGAGAGGGUUCCGCCAGAACUUGUCACAUAUAAUUACGCGGAGGAGAGGAUUCCGCCAGAACUUAUCACAUAUAAUGUGGACGAGACGUAUCUACGCAGAAACACCGGCGACUUUAAUCCGGAGGAGGAGCCCUUCGAACUGACCAACCCAGACGUCGUCGAUGGCCACAACCUCUUCGAGAAGGACAUCAUGCUGACGGAGGCGCAGUGGAAGAAGGUUCUGGCGAGGAAGGGCCUGGCCGACGAGAGGUGGCGCUGGCCCGAGGACGCCUCUGGGACUCCGCGCGUCAGAUACCGCUUCGCCGACACCAGCGUGGACCAGCAAGCCGUCCUGGCAGGCAUCGACCACUGGGAGACCCACACCUGCAUCCGGUUCGACCUGAUCACCAAUGCCAGCCAACCGCACCUGAUGUUCCGGGAACUGAGUGGCUGCUGGUCCUAUAUCGGCUACCUUGGCAUCUACUUCCCUAAUGGCCAAAACAUAUCGAUUGGCCAGGGUUGCCAGUCGCUGGGCACCGUCGUCCACGAGAUCGGCCACUCGAUGGGCUUCUACCACGAGCAGUCCCGCCCUGACCGCGACCUCUUCGUCCACGUCAACUCGGAGAAUGUCCAGUCAGGGAGGCUCGGCAACUUCGUAAAGGAGUCUGACAGCGUCGUCAAUAACCAGGACGUGCCUUAUGACUUUCGGAGCGUCAUGCACUACGGUGGGAAGUUCUUCAGCAUAAACGAACACCUGACCCUGGCAACCCUGGAUCCCCGUGACCAGGAGCUCAUCGGCAAACGCUUGGGUCUCUCUCACAUGGACAAGUUAAUCGCCAACCGCAUGUAUAGCUGCAUCGACAAAUGGCUUCAGAACUGUGACUUAGACACUGAUCCUUGCCAGAACAACGGUUACACGGGGGAGUCCUGCACGUGCGUGUGCCCUGAAGGAACAUCGGGUACACACUGCGAGACAGUCACCGGCGAUUACCACGCUUCCUCUCGAAGUGCCUGUAACGAGGUCAUCACUACCCCAACGACCAUUAGCUCUCCUGGUUAUCCUAUUAGGUAUACUAGAGGCGUAACGUGCGCCAAGUGGAUAAAAUCGCCAGAAAACAUGCUUCCCAAGAUAACAUUCACCGAUUUCAGGCUGACAAACUGCGAAUGGAGACUGGAUUACGUAGAGAUUCGGAUCGACAACCUUUUCGAUGGAGAUUUUUACUGCGGCACUCAAAUCGCUGCCAACACCUCCUUCGUCGGGGCGACCAGAGAGAUCAUCCUCAUGUUUUAUACACGAACCGAUGUCGGCGUAGGAUGGCAAGCAGAUGUGACCUUCUUCGACCCUUCGAUUACGACUACGACUACUCAAGAGCCCACUACAACUACUACGACUACUCCAGAACCUACAACUACAACAACUACAACGACUACUACGACUACUCCAGAACCUACAACAACUACAACGACUACUCCAGAACCUACAACAACUACAACGACUACUCCAGAACCUACAACGACUACAACGACUACUCCAGAACCUACAACGACUACAACGACUACUCCAGAACCUACAACUACAACAACUACAACGACUACUCCAGAACCUACAACGACUACAACGACUACUCCAGAACCUACAACUACAACAACUACAACAACUACAACGACUACUCCAGAACCUACAACAACUACAACGACUACUCCAGAACCUACAACUACAACAACUACAACGACUACUCCAGAACCUACAACAACUACAACGACUACUCCAGAACCUACAACUACAACAACUACAACGACUACUCCAGAACCUACAACAACAACUACAACGACUACUCCAGAACCUACAACAACUACAACGACUACUACGACUACUCCAGAACCUACAGCUACAACAACUACGACUACUACGACUACUCCAGAACCUACAACGACUACUCCAGAACCUACAACUACAACAACUACAACGACUACUCCAGAACCCACUACAACUACUACGACUACUCCAGAGCCCACUACAACUGCCACGACUACUCCAGAAUCUACAACGACUCCCCCAGAACCUACAACGACUCCCCCAGAACCUACUACUACUACGACUACUCCAGAAAUAACACCUACAACAACUCCCACUGGCAGCCCUACUCCCGAGAGCCCAAGUUGCACGCUUCACAACUUCAGCGACAAAGCAGACUGGACCUCCCCGUAUUUUGGUCUUGCCAAUUAUCCUAACGAUUUCAAGUGCGACAUUGUGGGAUCCUAUGAUGGACCCUUGAUGACAAAGUACACGUUUAAUACUUUCCAACUGGAAGAUAAGUCGCGGAGACGAAGCGAAAUAUGCCAUGAUUACGUCGACAUCCCGAUACCUGUAAACAGAACCAUGAAGUUCUGCGGGAGCCAGACGGGGUAUCUGAACGUACCCAACUUCCGCUUCUCCACUCAAUUCGUGUCUGACUCUUCCAUCACUGACGUCGGGUUUAACAUCAGCAUCAGCUGGGAAGUAACUGACUGCCAUCGCGUUAUCCAGCUCUCGAGGAAACACUCCAGAGGGACCAUCUCGAGCCCGAACUACCCCAAAGCAUACCCCGAUCAGGCGGCGUGCGAGUGGUGGAUUGUGGCUCCAGAAGGCAGGAAAGUGUCUCUGCAGUUCAAAAACCUUCAAGUAAGUGACCCUGACUGUGAGGCUUUUUACAUCGCGGUUGACAAGUCUGGCAGCGGCGACUACUUUCCAGAGACCAGCGACUUGAUAUGCAACGGCGGUAAGGAAAGCUUCACCUCCGACGGGGAGAGCAUGAAUGUUGCAUUCUACGGAAGGGCCAUGAGCAAUGCAAAGUUUUCCGCCACGUACAAGAUACAGUGAGGUGCCCCGUCGUCUCCUAAGGCAGGGGACGCGUGUGUUCCUGUGGAAUAAAGUAGCAGGGUGUUACUAUUUCUUUUAUUCUUUAACUUGAUUAGAUUUCCAUUUUGGUUCAUGGUUUUCUAUGUAAUUCUUGAGAAUAAAUAUUUAUGCAAAAAUUA